UCUUCCAUUUGGCGUGAAAACCAUUUGGAGGCAAUGAGCCAUGAAGCUCAUACAGAGCAUUAAACAGAAGAUCGGGGAGGAUGAGGAUGCUGCAGAGAAGCCACGUCCCGCAGCUCCAGGGCGAGCCAAAGUGGCCGAGACCGGCUUUCCAACUCUGCCGAAGCUCCGCGACGAGCCCGCGUCUGAGCGGCCGGAACUCUUUCGGCAGAAGCUGCAGGCGUGCUGUAUUAUCUAUGACUUCAGCUCUGAGACCAACCUGAAGAGCAAAGAGUCCAAGCGGCAAAGUCUGCUGGAGAUGGUGGAGUUCGUCAACAGCAGCCGCGCGGCGUUUCAGGAGUCCUUGAUUCCGGAGAUUGUGAAGAUGGUUGGGUGCAACAUUUUCCGGGCUCUGCCUUCCAAGGAUCGCUCCUUCGUUUGUUUGGGCGACGACGAAGAGGAACCGACUUUAGAGAAGGCUUGGCCUCAUCUCCAGAUCGUUUACGAGUUCUUCCUUCGCUUUGUGGUCUCGAACGAAAUCGAUCCAAAGGUGGCGAAGGCCUCUUUGAACGCAGACUUCGUGGCACAGAUGAUGGAACUCUUUGACUCAGAUGAUCCGCGUGAACGGGAUUAUGUGAAGACCAUCCUCCAUCGGAUCUAUGGAAAGUUCAUGACCUUACGCUCCUUCAUUCGCCGUGCGAUCCAACAGACCUUCUACAAGGUGAUGUAUGAAAGCGACGCCUACAAUGGCGUGGGCGAGCUGCUAGAGAUCAUGGGGAGCAUCAUCAAUGGCUUUGCGCUUCCGCUGAAGGAAGAGCACAAGGACUUCUUGGUGAGGGCAUUGAUACCGCUGCACAAGUUGAAAUUCUUGGCGGGCUUCCAUCAACAGCUGUCCUACUGUAUGUCGCAAUAUGUGACGAAGGACCCACGCUUGGCGUUGGUGAUCGUUUCGGCCAUGCUGCGGUAUUGGCCCACCACCAUUACCUCCAAGCAGGUGCUGUUUCUAAACGAGUUGGAAGAACUUUUGGAGCUAACGAAGCCUCCGGAGUUUGUUCAGAUGCAGGAGCCGUUGAUCCAGCGAAUAGCGCAGUGCAUCAUGUGUCCUCAUUUCCAGGUGGCGGAACGAACGUUGUUCCUCUGGAACAACGACUACAUCGUCCGUUUGAUCACCUCCAGUCGCAAGGUUCUUUUCCCCGCCAUCAUUGGAGCCUUGUACACCAACUCCAAGCUUCACUGGAGUAGUGCAGUUCAUGGCUUGACCUUCAACGUUCUGAAAUUGCUGAUGGAAGCCGACCCACAGCUGUUUGAUGAAUGUUCAGCCAAUCACAAAGAGAUGUAUGACGAGCUGGAGGAGCAAACCGCUUUGAGAGAACAUCGCUGGGCGACAUUGCAGGACCUCCAUGACCGGAAAGCAAUCAAAACUGCAUGACCGUUGUGGUGAUUGCGAGAUGCACCCGCAGCAAGACCAUGUGGUUCCACGCCACAAAAAUCGAUAAACGACACCAGAAGAGC